GAAGAAUCAGGGAUCAGGGAUCAGGACGUUUGGGAUCAGUAUUUACUGCAACGCUUCCAACAAAGUCUGUGUAAAGAUGAAACCCCAGAAGUGUCUUCACGUGGCCACACCAGUGAGACAGAGUCUCGCUCUGUCCAAAGUGGCUGGAACCUCCAUUUACGUCAAACUGGAGUCGACUCAGCCGACGGGAUCCUUUAAGAUCAGAGGCAUCGGACAUCUGUGCAAAACCAUGGCGGAGCAAGGAUGUGAGCGAUUCAUCUGCUGCUCAGGAGGAAACGCUGGGAUGGCAGCAGCUUAUUCUGCCCGUCAGCUCGGAGUUCCCGCCACAAUCAUCGUUCCAAUUCCGACGCCAAAUCUCACGGUGGAGAAGAUGAAGGACGAGGGAGCCUCUGUGAUCAUCCACGGCAAGGCUGUAGAUGAAAGCAUCGCGUACGGACAACAGCUUGUGGAGAACAACCCAGGCUGGGUCUUCAUCUCCCCGUAUGACAACCCCCUUAUCUGGGAAGGUCACACGUCUCUGGUGAAGGAGCUGAAGGAAGACCUGCCGGUGAAGCCAGGCGCCAUCGUGGUGUCGGUGGGAGGCGGGGGUCUGCUGAACGGCGUGGUGCAGGGACUGCGCCUCGUCGGCUGGGCUGACGUACCUGUUGUAGCCAUGGAAACCAUCGGAGCACAUAGCCUCAAUGCAGCCAUGGAGGCCGGAGAGCUGGUCACAUUACCCGCCAUCACCAGCAUCGCGACCACGCUGGGCGUGGCACGUGUCUCUGAGCGGUCAAUGGAACUGGUGAAGGAGCACACAGUUUUCCCCACAGUUGUCUCAGACCAAGAGGCCGUAAAGGCUCUGGAACACUUCGUAGAUGACGAGAAGAUCUUGGUGGAGCCAGCGUGUGGCGCUGCUCUGGCGUCCGUUUACAGCGGCGUCAUCAAAAGGCUCCAGAGUGAGGGGAAGCUGGCGCAGGAACUGGGCCCCGUGGUCAUCGUGGUGUGCGGAGGCAACAACAUCAGCCUCGAGCAACUGUCGACCCUGAAGAAGCAGCUCGGUAUGAUCUAGCGUGGUCGGCGGUGGACGCCGUCUUCUACUUCUCUGACCUUCAAAGUAUUCCUCCAAUCACCUGGUCUCAGUCCCUAAAUCAUUCCAGACUGGAACUGGAACAAUAACUUUUUAAUAUUGUUAUUGUUGUUUGAAAAUGUUGCAAUUGUGAGAUGCAACUUUGAAAUAUCUGUAUUAAGAGUAAUUUAUUC